AUGGGUAUCACCUCAGAAAAUGCCGCUCAACGUCUUGGAGUAACAAGGCAGGAGCAAGUUCAAGCUGUAGUUGAGUCACACAGAAAAGCUGCUGCAGCCACUGCUUCAGGAAAAUUUAAGGACGAGAUAAUACCCGUUAAGACCAAGCUCAGUGGCCGAACUGGGCAAGCUGAAACCAGUACCACGACUGGAAAUUCUAGCCAAGUGAGUGACGGUGCUGGAGCUGUGCUUCUCAUGAAGAGAAGUGUUGCCAUGCACAAGGAGUUACUUAUUCUUGGUGUAUUCAGGAGCUUUGUUGCAGUUGGUGUAGAUCCUGCAGUCAUGGGUAUUGGUCCAGCAGUUGCUAUUCCAGCAGCUGUUAGAUUUGCUGGUCUUGAACUUGGGGACAUUGAUAUUUUUGAGAUAAAUGAGGCAUUUGCUUCGCAAUAUAUCUACUGCCAUAAGAAGCUCGAGCUCGAUCCUGAGAAGAUCAAUGUCAAUGGAGGUGCCAUGGCAAUUGGACAUCCUUUGGGUGCAACAGGCGCUCGUUGUGUUGCUACCUUACUCCACGAAAUGAAGCGUCGUGGCAAAGAUUGUCGCUUUGGAGUUGUGUCAAUGUGCAUAGGAACUGGGAUGGGGGCCGCUGCUGUGUUUGAGAGGGGUGACUCACGUGACGAGCAUUGCAACUCACGUAAAGUCGAGGCACAUAAUUUUCCGUCGAAGGAUGCUUAA